UUUGACAGCAAAAAAGAAACAUUGCAAAAGAUCCACGUUAUGUUGGUUUUUUCAUCUUUUUGACCAAUGAUUUUUUUAUCUUUGCCUCAUAAUUUUACAAAUACGCUUUGAAUGUGAAGCGGCAGCCACUAAAAAAAUAUUGCCAGAAAUUACGUGUCACAAACUGAUAACAUUGAUAAAUAAACACGGAUCCUUUGAGGCUUCCUAACGCUGGCAAAAGUGCGGCAGAUAGUUAAUGUGGGGAAGCGAUCUGUCCAAUGUUUUUGAUUAGAGCAAUAAGCCAAGCUUUGACCUUUGCAACUACGGAAAUUUGAUUAAUAGGAUAGUACAGAAAACACAUAUAUUCUGCGAAUAAAUACGUAGAUUAACGUAGAAAAACUAACAGGUUCAACUGGUGUCCUCAGGAAGCUUUGACAAGAUUACAUGUCGGCGCACAAGUUGCGAGUGUCUUCGAGAGAAAAGUGGUAAAGGGAGUCUGGCAACAUGGCAUUUCAAUCGGUUGUGCGUUUCUAUAUGGAGAUACCGACAGUGACGCGCAUCUAUACAACAGCAUGUGUUCUGACAACGCUGGCGGUGAUAUGUAUGUAUGUAGUUCGUAUGUUUCUCUUUUUUACUCAAAGUUAUUGUCGUAUGCUCGAGGAGAGCUUCUUCCGCGAUCGCACCGCUGAUUUUGUUAUGAUGUUCCUGUUUGGAGGUGGGCUAAUGGUUUUCUUUGGACUCUUCGUAAAUCUGCUUUUUCUCGGGCAAGCUUUCACAUUAAUGCUAGUUUAUGUAUGGUCACGCCGAAAUCCGUUUGUGCGUAUGAAUUUCUUUGGUGUGUUAAAUUUUCAGGCGCCUUACUUGCCAUGGGUAUUAAUGUGCUGUUCAAUGAUACUGGGCAACACUAUUUGGGUCGAUGUUGUUGGUAUGGGUGUAGGCCAUAUUUAUUAUUUCCUUGAAGAUGUUUUUCCGCUUCAAGCUAACGGCUAUAGAAUCCUCAAAACUCCGCAUUUUUUAAAAGUCUUAUUUAACGAGCACAUUGAUAAUAACAAUCCUCCGUGGGUUGGCGACCGUCCAGGUGGCUUCCAAUGGGGUGCUGAUGAAGGAGAAAACUUGGGCGCUCAAGCACCAAACGUUGGUGCAGGUGAUGGCAACGACGCUAAUUUGAGGCGGUAAAACUUUCUUGUUUUAUUUUUUUUUGGUUUUGUAAUUUUAUCACCCAUUGUACUGAAAAAAUUGCACAUUCAUUGCGAAAAUGCAUACGUAAGAAGGAAAUGGCUUAGCACUUAAAAAAAGUAUUGAAAUAGUAAGACGGCAAUAAAUAAACCAACUAAAGAUUUCUUUUAUAUUUGUAAAUUUUCGGUGAAAGCAGAAAUUUGUUUUAAGUCAGCUAAUGGAUUAAUUGGUUAGCUUUUAUGAUGUGAAGUAUGUUUUUUACCGUUUCCUGGUAUAACUUAUUCUUAUACAACAUGAAAUAUAUCAUGAAUAUGAAAUAUAAAUAAAA